CGAUACCAUGAAAUGGUACUUGAAGGGUUUGGUUUACCGCCUCAAAUUGAAUUCAUGGAGGAGGCACCUAAUGCCGAGGCACAAAGGUUGUAUGAAAUGUUACAAGCAGCAAGUGAAGAGUUAUGGCCAGGAUGCAAUAAGCACACAAAACUGUCUGCUGUGGCACGUUUGAUGAACAUGAAAUCGGAGCAUCAUUUCCCUGUAAAAUGUUUUGAUCAGAUUGUCGAGUUUUUGAAAGAAGUUCUACCCGAAGAUAAUGUGCUUCCUGAUAAUUUUUACAAAACGAAAAAGUUAAUUGAGGGUUUGGGUCUACCAGUGGAAAAGAUUGAUUGUUGCAGAAAUAAUUGCAUGAUAUAUUGGUCUGGUGACGCUGAGUUACAAGAAUGCAAGUUUUGCCAGCUUCCUAGAUAUAAACGCACGGAAAAUUAUUUGAAGCUAAAAGAACAACAUUCAAGCCAGAAUGUGGGAUCAGAUCCUGUGGAAGGAGAUGGAGGAACUAUUAAUGAGGAUCAAUUGUUCAUUACUGCAGCAGGAGGAUGGCAAGGAAGUCGAGUUUAUGGUUUAGGUAGUGCUGCCUCUUCUGCCUUCUCUCAAACAGGAACUGUGGGAAAAACAACAAAUGUUCCAUCAUCCCAAUCACCAGAAUGGAAGAAGGAAAUUGAAGCAAAGUUUGAAGAGAAGUAUAAUAGUUUGCAGAAACUUGUACUAGACCAAAAUCAGAUAAUAGCUCAAAUGCGUGAUGAACUACAGGCAAGGAGGAUGGGACAGCAGUCUUCCUCAUUGAUGCCAUCAACAUCUGAUAUGCCUCCAGCUCAAAGAUCCCCUGGUGAUUCACAUAUAGAUUAGCAUGAUAUCAUUUCUCACUGACUUUAAUAAUAUAUUUUAUGAUAUGAAUUUGAUACUAUUUGGAUUAAUUAUGUAUUUUGAGAUAUUUUAAA